UCCUAACAGACUGUCUCCCCAAGUGGCUCACGCAGGGAAAUUAAGACCGGAAUAAGUUCAGGAAGUUCAAUAAGAAGUGUGUUUACCUGCGCUCAGGUGCGUUUAGAGAGCUGACCGUCCAGGAGAGGCACGCAGAUAGAGAGAGAGAGGGGGGGAGAGAGAGUGAAAAAAAAAGAGAGAGAGAGAGAGAGAGGAGCGCACAGAAAGACACAAUCUGGAAAAGUUUCGGAUGCAAACGUCUCUUUGACGCACUGAGGAACCGGAGCGACUCAUCAAAUCUUACCACUGAACGACUAAGAGACGACACAUCCACAACCAUGAGGAAAGCUUCAUAUCCAAUGAGAUCAGCCAGUGCUCGGGCGAGGAGAACAGAAAGGGAGGCGUCUGGCAUCACCAGUCCCACACUGAAGCGGUCGUUUGAGGUGGAGGAGACAGAUUCAUCCACACACCCAUCUCCACUGUCUCGUCGGACCACCAACCCCCUCCGCUCAUCCACCUCCUCCACAUCCAGCCAGCGGAGUUAUGACCUGAGUUCCCGCAACUCUGACUACUCUUCUUCCAGAUCUUCACCCUCCGAGUCCUCCAAUCCGCGCUCACCAAAGACCGGCAUGAGGCGCAUUGAGUUAACAGCUGGCCGCAACCCUGACACGGCCUCUUCCCGCCGCACAGAAAUCUCCAUUGAGGUCUCCUCUAAACAAAUUGACAACUCCCCCAGUGCUGGCAUAGCCCGCUUUGGCCUCAAACGGCCUGAGGUCAGCCUGAGCAGUCGGAGUUCUUCCCUCGAAAGCUCUUCCAACUCCAUCUCCAGCUCCACAAACAGACGAGCAGAGCUCGGCAUGACACGGCCCAGUGAGCCCCCCGCCCCUCCCAGGAGGAUGGAUGCCCAGCUGUCCUCAGCCCCGGUCUCAAGGAUCCCCGAGCCCCCACAGAGAAGAGCAGAGCCCCCGUCUCCUUCCCUCAGCCCAGUAGAGGGGGCCUCCAGGAGGCCAGAGAUGCCUGUCUUCAGACAGCCGGACGGUUUGGUGCCAGGCAGUGCAGUGGAGAACAACAACCACCCACCUCCUGCACCUAGUGCUCCCCUGCCUUCCCUGGCAGAGCCGAGGAUUGAGAGGGUGCAGUCGCCUGUUGCAGAGACUCCCACAGCUAGACCAACAGACAGGCCAGAGGUGAUUCCCAGCUACAGCAGCAGUGCCAUGUCUGAGGCAGUGUUGCCCGAUGUCAUGGUGCCCCCAGCGGUGGGUGGCCUAUAUGGAGAGAAGGCCGGUGGCCCUGUGGUGGACUUCAGCUAUGUGGGCAUAGACGCCAUUCUGGAGCAGAUGAGGAGAAAGGCCAUGAAGCAGGGCUUUGAGCUCAACAUUAUGGUUGUGGGACAGAGUGGCCUAGGAAAGUCUACUCUGAUGAACACGCUGUUUAAGUCUAAAGUCAGCCGUAAGUCAGUGCUGGCCACGGCCCAGGAGAAGAUCCCCAAAACGAUCGAAAUAAAGUCCAUCAGUCAUGACAUUGAGGAGAAGGGAGUGAGAAUGAAGUUGACAGUCAUUGACACACCAGGCUUUGGAGACCAGAUCAACAAUGAGAACUGCUGGCAGCCCAUCAUGAAGUUCAUUAAUGACCAGUACGAAGCAUACCUGCAGGAGGAGAUAAAUAUCAACAGGAAGAAAAGGAUUCCGGACUCCAGAGUUCACUGCUGCAUAUACUUCAUCCCCCCGACCGGACACUGUCUGCGGCCUCUUGAUGUAGAAUUCAUGAGACGUCUCAGUAAGGUGGUCAACAUUGUCCCAGUCAUUGCCAAGGCAGACACACUCACCCUGGAGGAGAGGGACUUCUUCAAAAAGAAGAUCAGGGAAGAGCUGCGAGCCAACGGGAUUGACGUAUACCCCCAGAAAGAAUUUGACGAGGAUGCUGAGGACAGAAUGAUCAAUGAGAAGAUCAGGGAGAUGAUCCCUUUUGCCGUGGUGGGCAGCGAUCAGGAGUACCAGGUCAAUGGCAGGAGGCUGCUGGGGAGGAAAACCAAGUGGGGAACCAUUGAAGUUGAGAACAUAGCCCACUGUGAGUUUGCCUAUUUACGGGAUCUCCUCAUCAGGACCCAUAUGCAGAACAUUAAGGACAUCACCAGCAGCAUCCACUAUGAAAUGUAUCGCGUGAGGCGCCUCAAUGAGAAUAACACAGUGGUGACUCAUGCCAAUGGUAUCCCUGAGCAUCAUCUUGCUGCCCAUGAGAUGUAGACACCGCCCGCUGCAGUCGACCUCAACUUGGUCUCAUUAAUUUGCUAUAAGACUUUGACCGUCAUUGACAGUCUUCCCACCACUCCAGCCCUCCACUCCAUCCAUCUUCUACUCACAGGUGGGAUAGAAACAUAAAAGCCUGCCAGGGGGACUUUGUUUUCAGUGACUUUUGGCGGCUAAAUGGGCUGUUCAUGUCAGUUUAUUGCCUGAUUAACAAACACUAUCCUCUCACUAUCCUCUCUGACAAAGAGAGUGAAGAGCAGUUUGAUUCUUUGUAAUGUGCUGCAGCUUGAUUUUUACCUGCUUCCAGAUCUUACAGUUAACCUUUGGUUUUUACUUGUGGUGCCAAACUUUAGGCAUCUGCCAAAGAGAACGAGCUGACGCUUGAUAUCUGCAAGUGUCAGAAUUGCCUUAAUCAAUAACAAGUUAACCUCGUCCACUUUUGCUUUUUUCAAGAUUGAUAUUUCUUAGCAGUGCUUAUAAGAUUUCAUGCAGUAACAGAAGCACAGUUUGCUGUCAUCAUGCACACAGCUGUAUCAAUAUAUGUGGGAAGUGAUGAUAUUCAUUAUUGCACUUGAUCACUACAUAGUCACUACAUAGUCAUUGACAAGCAUUGUUGGAACGGUGCUGGGCAGCACUUUGCCAACAUGUGACACACAUACAGGCAUACCAGUCUGUGUGUGUGUGUGUGUGUGUGUGUGUGAGAUGCAACAUCAUUCUGCUCUCUCCCCACAGUUACACAACAACAACAGAAAUGGCUGUCAAAUAGCACAUCAUGUUUGAGUUUAUCAUUUUAUUUUUGUCACAAGCUGUGUUUUGCUUUAACUGUUUAAUGUUUGUGUCAUGUUAAAUAUGGAUGUCAGGUCCUUGAAAUCUUUUUUUUAAAUUCCCAGUAAUAAAUGUCUUUGUUUUAUGAUAGAAAUAUCUUAAGAGUGAUUCAAGAUGAGUAAGUAUUUAUGCACGAUAUAAAAUGUGAAAGUUUGUCAUCAGUUUUGGUCCACUUAUUCGGAUUAUUCGCACAAACACAUACAGACACACACAAGCACACAUGCAAAUACUUUUCAUGCUUUUGGGCCCAUGGAAGUGCCUUAUUUAUUGGAGAAUGUUUGCUAGCAUGAUGGCUGAAACUGGAAAGAGAUCAGGUUUGUUGGUGCCAAGUUGAGCUACAUUUAGACAUUUUUCAAUGCUCUUACUCCAUUUAUCUAGAAAAUGAAUAUUUUCUUCCAUCGACCAGCUCGCUCUUACUUCUGUUUUCCAUAAUAUACAAAGGAUCUUUAUCUGUUUGAACCGUAUAGUAUAAUUCCCUAAGCUGUCACUGUCAUGCCAUGUCCUGUAUAUUCUUCUGUGUUCUGAUGCAUUUUUUGUACUUGUAUUAUUGAUAAUAACAAAUUUUCCUUUAUCUUAUUUUAAAGAAAUAAAGAUUAAAUUGUAAAUAUA